CAUGUUGAGAUACUUUCUCUUUUCGAUAUUUUUUGGAUACUCAUUUGCACAAACUGGAACAAAUAUGAAUAAUCUUUAUACGUACUUAUUCUCCACAUUAAACUACAACAAAGCAAUCCGACCUGCCCUUGACCAUACCGUUCCCACACAGGUAAGCAUAGAUCUGACAUUGAACGGACUUCACUUCAUCGACGAGGCGAAGCAGCAGAUGGUCUCGGUAGGAACUCUGACAAUAAGAUGGAAAGAUGAGUUUUUAACUUGGAAUCCGUCUUUAUAUGGAGGGGCAAACUUUAUAGAUGUUCCACAGGGGAAUGUUUGGAAACCGAAUAUACAGCUUCGGAAUGGAUUUACCGAUUUUGUUGAGUUAGGUGGAAGUUUCAUGUUUCUUAGAAUCUUUUACACAGGGGAUGUGAUUUGGUCUCCUUACAAAGUGUUUGAUACUAAAUGUAAAAUAGACGUAACUUUUUUUCCCUUUGAUCAACAGACGUGCUCUAUUGAAUUGAUGUCCUGGAACAGUGACUUGUCGACUGAAAAUAUCACAAAUGGUGCCUAUGGAUUAAGAAUUGAUGACGAAUUGAACCACGGACAUUGGCUGGUUUCCUCUCAUUAUUUCAGUACAUUUAUUGACGAUACAAACUCCCUUAUAUCUUUUAGCAUAACACUGGACAGAAAACCAAAAAUCUACGUUCUUAAUAUAAUCCUUCCCUUUGCUUUACUGGCAAUUCUGAACCUUGCUACAUUUAUUUUACCAAAUGGUUGUGGGGAAAAGGUGUCUUACUCAAUUACCGUUUUACUUGCCCUAUCAAUAUUCUUAACAAUUGUUGCAAGCAUGCUUCCAGCUAAUUCCGAUUCUACAUCGUAUUUAGAAGUGUAUAUCGUUACAAUUGUUACAAAAGGAGUAUUUAUUCUCAUUGCAACAGCGACGUCACUAAGAAUUCACAAUAGAGCAGACGAUAUAGAAAUACCUGGAUGGAUACAAAAUUUGACCCGGCUCUCAUGGAGGCUAAAGUGUCAAUGCAAGAAAAGUAUAAACUCUAAUGUAAAUAAUUAUAAAACUAAAGUUGAAAAUAUUGACAAGAAACUAGAAGACAGAGAUUUGUCAAAAGGUGAGCAUGAAGUAAAACCUGUCCGCUGGAAAGACGUGACGUCAGCGCUUGACUUCUAUUUGUUCUGGAUUUGCUUAAUUGUAAUGCUGAUACUGACAUUUAUUUUUUUAGGUUUGUUUUCAUCAAAGUAA